UAGGCAUGUAGCGGAAAGGACCCGAGCUUGCCCGUUUGCUUGGGCUCUGACUUCCCGUCUUACCUAUCUGCAAAUUCCCCCACUACGGAUUACCUACACAGUAGGUACAUGUCCAUAUGUACACUAUUUUAAGUACCCAAGUACCAGUGUUUCAUCAAACAGGAAUUUCCGGAGUUUAAAUCGCCGUUUCAAUAUUCUUCCAGCUCCGAUACCCACCCACCAGUGGACCUAAAUUUUUUUUUUUUGCAACGAAGAUUUUCACAUUACGGUGGAUUUCCCAAUUAAAUAUAAAAGCUUCACCCUCACCCUCCGCGAGUCGAGCUGUCAUAUGCUCCUGCGAUGCCACCACGCAUACCAGGCCCGUCGACGGUAUCAUCCGCCUUGACCCGAUGCGCAGUCCCAUCGGCCUCGAGUCGGAGUCGAUGUCACCCGCAGCAGCCAUGUCCUCCUCCUCCCCAGAGCAAAGCUAGCUUCUCAACCACUGCAAGCCGGCCGCGCUUCACCAAGAUCCGCCGUGUCUUCAGGACUUGGAUCAACGGCCCAGGCUCCACUUUCCGUAAGCAUAGGCGCAACGGUACCAAUUAUCUUCAGAGCCAAGCGGAUAAAGAGCGGAAUGUUGAUCGCCCUUUCCCCCUCAAUCCCCAUUUCAUAAGCCAGCCCGUCUUAGAUGACCACGCGAGGGAAAUAAUAUGGCACAAAGUGAUGCGGAAGGGCGAGCCCAUCAAAGCCGUCUCUGCCGAACUAGGUGUCGAUAUUAGAAGAGUAGCUGCCGUUGUGAGGUUAAAGGAAGUCGAGAAGGACUGGGAAGCCAAGGGCAAGAAGUUGGCAAAACCAUAUGCCAGAGCUGUGCUGAGCAUGUUACCUACGCACACGUUUAGAAUCGACCGAUGGAACCAGCCGUUCGAACCCAUUAACGAGCUGCACGUACAUCCGUACACCACGAAGCAGAUCUUUUGGCCGACGUCCGAAUCGCGUCACUUCACACGUGCCGACGCGGCCAAGGCCUUCCACCCGAAGCUGCUGUCGGCGGACCAGCGUGUUCCCCACCCGGAAUUAAUCCAGAUGGAGAAGGAUCUUCUGCAAGGUCGGCCACUGUGGGAUGCCUCGGAAAGGUUCAAGCAGGCCGCGAUGGAGUCGGAGAGGAAGGCUGCCGACAAACAGGCUGCAAAGGCUGCUCUAGAGGAGAAAUUCACUACCCGGGUACGCUCGAAUCGUUUCGAGUUCCGCUUCAAGCAGAUCAACUCGGAGAACGUCGGCGCUAAGGGCAGGGCGCGGCACGCUGUCGGCUGGAGGUAUGGUGCGCCGUACUACGACCGUGCCAAGGGCGAAAUCAAGAUUCCUACCUCAGUACCUUGAUCUAGUGUUAGGCGAGAAUACUGUUCAAGUUAUCGUUGCGCCGGGAUCCUAUACCUGCGACGGUGCCUUCGGAAUUACUGCAGCUAUGUUAAUCAGCUUAUCUGA